GCUUACAAAUUUAAUAAAUAAGUUUGAGCUCGACUCCAAUCAGAUUUCUCUGCCUCAUGGGCAAGGUGUCAACGCCACGAAAUUCCACGUUGUAUGGAAUCGAUGGGCGUCGUCGUUUCUGUUGCUCCAUUGAGUGUACGACUCUACAGUGGAAAGUGGGAACAGCUUCAAGUUGAUCAAACAAAAUAAUCAUCUCUCGCAGAGACUCGGUCUCACUCAAUGAUGCUGGGAUUUAUCUCACUUUCCUCCAAAUGCACCCGUCUCAGGAACUUCACCUCAAAACGAUCACCCCAUUCAAUCCUCUACAUUUCCCCAUUACCCUUUUCCUACUACUCAUUUCUUUACAAUUCAACCAAUUCAUCUCCGCAUCAACCCCAGAUCACUUCUCCUAUUUCUUCGACUCUUUUUAGUUUAUCCGACUCUUGUCCAAAACACUCCAACUCCAAUCCGACUCGAACCGCUAACGGGUCUUCGUUUUUUCGCUUUCCCGAUUUUCAUGAAAGGUUUUCGGGGUCCAAAAUUACUGCAUACCGGUUUCUCUCAUCUGGGUAUUCGCCAAAUCGCACCAUUGUUGGGAAUUUCAAACGAUUUGGCUCUGGUUUUGUCAGGAAUUUUAGUAGUGAAUCGGAUAGAGAGUCCAUAAACUAUGACGUUGUUAUUGUGGGAGCGGGACCCGCGGGAUUAUCGGCAGCUAUUCGGCUGAAGCAGAUGUGUCGCGAAAGAGAUGUUGAUUUAUCCGUGUGUGUCGUCGAAAAAGGUGCUGAAGUGGGUGCUCAUAUCCUAUCUGGUAAUGUUUUUGAACCCCGUGCGUUGGAUGAACUUCUUCCACAGUGGAAGCAAGAGGAGGCACCGAUCAGCAUCCCUGUUUCUUCAGACAAAUUCUGGUUUCUUACAAAGGAUCAUGCAUUUUCGCUCCCAUGCCCUUUUGACAACAGAGGAAACUAUGUUAUUAGUUUGAGCCAAUUUGUGCGGUGGAUGGGUGCAAAAGCUGAAGAAUUGGGAAUUGAAAUAUAUCCAGGCUUCGCUGCUAGUGAGAUAUUAUACGAUGUGAAUGACAAUGUUGCCGGCAUUGCAACUAAUGAUAUGGGAGUUGCCAAAGAUGGUUCAAAGAGAGAAAAUUUUCAGCAUGGUGUAGAAUUGAGAGGACGCAUUACACUCCUUGCUGAAGGUUGUCGAGGAUCAUUAUCAGAGAAAAUAAUGAGAAAAUACAACUUAAGAGGGAAGAGGCAGGCUCAACAUCAGACUUAUGCUUUAGGAAUAAAAGAGAUAUGGGAAAUUGAUGAGGUCAAGCAUAAACCUGGUUUUGUGCUGCACACGUUGGGUUGGCCCUUGGAUCAGAAGACAUAUGGGGGUUCCUUUCUAUACCACAUGAAGGAUAGACAGGUUGCCAUUGGUCUUGUGGUUGCUCUGAAUUAUCACAAUCCUUUCUUGAAUCCCUAUGAGGAAUUCCAGAAACUGAAACAUCAUCCUUCCAUUAAAUCACUCCUGCAAGGUGGGACUGUUCUCCAGUAUGGUGCUCGUACUCUGAAUGAAGGUGGCUUUCAGUCUAUUCCAUAUCCAGUUUUCCCGGGAGGAGCAAUUAUUGGGUGCUCAGCUGGAUUCUUAAAUGUUCCAAAAAUAAAGGGGACACAUACAGCAAUGAAAUCAGGAAUGCUUGCAGCAGAGGCCGCAUUUGGUGUACUUCAUGAAGGCUUCAAUAUGGAAAUGUAUUGGGAUAACUUACAAAAUUCAUGGGUGUGGAAAGAACUUUACAAGGCUCGAAACUACCGCCCGGCAUUUGAGUAUGGACUUAUUCCUGGUCUUGCAUUAAGUGCACUGGAACACUACAUACUGAGAGGAAAAUUGCCAUUAACACUGAAGCACGGGAAACCUGAUCAUGAAGCAACAAAUGUGGCCCAGUUACACACUCGAAUCCAAUACCCAAAGCCAGAUGGGAUUGUCUCUUUUGAUGUACCAACUUCUCUGUACAGGAGCAACACAAACCAUGAGCAUGAUCAACCAGCUCAUCUUCGCUUAAGGGACCCCAAGAUUCCUGAACUUGUAAAUUUGCCAUUCUAUGCAGGACCUGAGUCACGAUAUUGCCCUGCACGUGUAUAUGAGUACGUCCAAGAUGAGAAGGGUCAGCCGGAACUACACAUAAAUGCUCAAAAUUGCCUGCAUUGCAAGGCAUGCGACAUCAAAGACCCAAAGCAGAACAUUGAAUGGACGGUGCCAGAAGGAGGUGGUGGCCCAGGAUACUCUAUUAUGUAGAUGAUCUAUUCCCUUUGCAGGGUCAUCAUAAGAAUAAGGGGCUUGUGGCAAUCCCAUUCAAAAUAAAAUAAGCCUGCCUAUUUUACAGGAUGGAUAAGCUUUGGUUGUAAUAUUUUACACAAUCAAUUACAUUAUUUUCUGCAUUACAAAAUAGACCAGAUGAGAAUAUGUUUAUCAUUUUAAGUGGUCUUGCCUUUAACA